AUGGCGGUGGAUUUGAGUAGGGAUGGGAGGCUGACGGCGUCGGGGCAUGAGAAUGGGGGGGUGUAUGUCUUUAAUAAUGAUGCGGGGAGGAUGGUUUAUUCGCUUUCUGGUCUCGCCAAACCGGUACGAACCGUAGCCUUCUCACCCGGCUGCAAGAGGCUGGCUGCUGCCGGCAACGCCGGUAUCAUCGCUCUCUAUGACAUGGAGCAUGGAGAGCACGUCGCGAACUUGAGCGCGCCGGGCAACAGGCCGUCGUGGAUCACAUCACUCGACUGGAACGAUACGGGAGACUACCUCCUCAGUGGGCAGCUGGAUGGCAAGGUCAAGGUCUGGGAUGUCGCAAGGGGGGCUUGUGUGGCUACGCACAGCGAGACGGACAAGGCUUUGUGGUGUGUACGCUGGUUGCCACCGACCGAACGUGCGCUUGGGCCUGGGAUGGGUAAAGGAGAGAGGUUUUGCGCGGCGGGUGCUAGUCGGAGUUUGAGUUUCUAUCGGGAGGCUACGGGUAUCUAAAGGAGUCUAAAAAGGGGUGUUUUGGAGCAUUGCUAGCAGGAUAUAUUUGCUUGAUGGUCGGAGAGGCACUCUGAUAGAUGACAAGAUAUGGUUAUUCACGU